AUGGCAGGGAAUUGCUGGGGGCAGGUGGUGCAGCAAACGCCUCCGAUGGUGAUGCAAAUUGGGAAUCACCGAGAAGUCAUCAGCUUCAAUGUCACCCAACUGUCGGACACGCCUAUAGUAUUAGGCAUGAGUUGGCUGCACAGGCACAGCCCAGCAUUGGCGUGGUACCAGCGACAACUGACCUUCGGCUCCUCAUACUGUGCGGAACAUUGCAUUCUGCCUAGCCCGGAAGGGGAAGAGGAUGACCCGCAGCUACAAUUAGGCACGCUGCAAGCAGUGCCACUCAAGUACGCAGCGUUUUUGGAGGUUUUCUGCGAGAAGGAAGCGGACAAGCUACCUCCCCACAGGUCUUAUGACUGCAAGAUUGACCUCCUGCCAGGGGCGACGCUGCCGACCGGGAAACUGUAUUCCAUGUCUGAAGACGAGCUGCAGGAACUCAGGGAGUUCAUAGACCUCAACUUGAAGCGCGGUUUCAUCCGGGAGUCGAAGGCAGUGGGGGGCAGUCCUGUAUUCUUUGUGAAGAAGAAGGACACGCCCCAAAAAGGCUUGUGGUGGACUAUAGAAUUUUGA